CUGCGUAUCACAGAUUGCCAUUGUGCUCUGUAGUGAAUGCCGCCUUGUAUUGUUGUCCAGCUCGCUCAUCUGGUAGCGCCAGUCCGACUGUCCCUGUCACUGUCACUGUCACAAUAACAACUUCACCUAAUUAUUGUUGAAGGGCUAGCGCUGCGCAGCGGCUCCGUGGUCUUUAGUCAAAUUAUGGGCAUGUCAACCGUCCUCUGACCUUUUUCCUCGUCCUUUCAUACCAACAUCCCACAUCGCAAACAGAUCUCGCAUCCAGCCUUUCUGUCGCCCUCUCCAAAUCCUCUACUCUCCCUCACAUUUGCGUGUACCUACUCUACGAAUCAGUAUUCCUGAACUUGCGCGCAUCUCGCAACUUGCGCUUGACUUGCGACACUCGCCCUCUGCGUAACCUCCAACUAGUUGCUUGACCGAUCGCAUUACCUCAUGGAUCUCGCUCAGCAGCUUGUGCGCUCCUGCGUACGAGCCUUUCACGAUACGAAACAUAUUCUGGUUGUGGAUGCGCUGAUUCUACACUCUGCGUAUGUCUUUUUAUUAGCGUUUUGAAAACAGUUCCUAGGCCUGUUUUCUUCUCUGACAGGGAAAGUUAACAACAUCCACAGGUUACGCGACGAUGAUUUGGCAUAUCUAAUGGGAAUCAAUACAAAGGAGCUUCACAAGCUAUGUGGUAAAUUGAUGGAGGAACGCUUUCUGGCGGUGUAUGCUACUCAUAUAUACUACGCAGCUUUUCCACCCAACUAACCCUCUACAUAGUCAUACUCGUCAAGAAAUCAAGGAAGGUCAACAACGCCCAAUGAACAGAACAUACUAUUACAUCGACUACCGCGCGACCAUUGAUGCGAUCAAAUGGCGCGUAUAUCUCAUCGACAAGCAGGUCCAAGGAAACACGGUCCCUCAAAGUGAGAUAAAAGAGUAUCGUUGCAACAGAUGCAAAUCGGAGUGGACAGCAUUGGAGUUGAUGCAUAAGUUCAGCAAUGAGGGUUUAUUGUGCGAUAAAUGCGAAUACGUUGUGGUACCGAUAGUGGGCGAGGAACGUGGUGGUCAUGAGCAGUCUACGAGACUGAAUGCACAAUUCAAGUUCAUCACGGACCUCCUUCCAAAAAUCGAUUCCGUUCCAGUACCCGAAAGCACUUUUGAAAAAGCAUUGGAGUCGGCGAGAAAGGUCAAUAGAGAUGUCACAAAUCCUGCAAGCGAGACGGCACCUUUGGAUGCUGCGACCGAAAGACCAACAGCUGUCAAGGGCAUGGUAAAUGUGGCUCCAGCUUCACUUUUAGUCACCCUUACCAAGUCCGAAGGUCCAACAGAUGCCGAUAUUGCAGCUGAAAAGGACCGCAAGCAGAAAAACGCUGCCCAAAACGCACUUCCGGUGCAUUUCACACACAGUACUAUUAGUGGCGAGCAGGUCAAGUUUGAUCAAAAUUCUACUUUGCCAACAUCGCAUUCUGUGGAUGACAAAAAGAAUGUUGCUACAGAUGAAGCCACAACCAAUGGCCAGAACGCCGAAAUCGAUGAUUACUUUGCAAGACUCAAGGCCGAGCAAGAUGAAGAAGCCGCCAAGGAUCAGAACGACGAAUAUGAGACGGAUGAUGAGGACGAUGAAGAAGAGGAAUUCGAGGAUGUCGUUCCACCCGCUUCCAACACCGCUACACCAGCCAGUUCACUUAACGUCGAAGGUAAAGUUUCUGGCUCCGGCACUCAACCUCACAUCGCGAGCGCGAUGAAGCGUAAAUGGAGUAGUGCUUCGGGAAGUGGAAGUAGUACACGACUAACUAGCCCAGCGACAGGACCUAACACCCCCUCGAAUGAAGACAGUCGGCCACCUAAGAAGGUUCGCAUUGAGGAACCCGUCGCGCCUAAGGAUGAAGCGGAGAGUGAGGAGGAUAUGGAAUUUGAGGAUGUAUAAAAGUGGUUUUCUAGUAUUCGAGGGAUUUGAAAUCUCAAUUGGGAAAAUUGCAUGCAUGGCAUGCAUGUAUGGCGUUGGGGAAAAUCACUUUUCUUGCUCUUUAGGGU